AUGGCCAGUCAACAGAAGCUUUACCUUUUUGGAGACCAGACCUUCGACAUCCGGCCACACUUCAAGGGGCUCCUUCAUUACCGGCAGAAUCCAGUACUGGAGGACUUCCUGAACAAGUCAUACGAUGUCAUCCGUCAUCAAAUCUACACAUUGCCGACGGCAAUUUUGGAGGAUCUGCCUCGCUUUACUGCGGUUGACGACCUUCUCCUCUGGGACCAGUCCGGCAAACGAUGCGUCCCUCUUGAUAUGGCCAUUACCUGCAUGUAUCAGCUCGGCAUUUUCAUCGCUCAAUCAGACCUAGAGUAUCCUAGUGCGAGCAACGCACGCAUUCUCGGUCUUUGCACGGGAAGUCUUACUGCUUCAGCAGUCAGCUGUAGCCGCAGCACACUCGACCUCGUAUCGCUGGCCGUUGAGACCGUCAAGAUUGCGUUCAAGACAGGCCAGCGCGUAACAGACGCUGCCCAGCGUCUUGAGCCAGCAAGCGAGGCGAAAUUAGACCAGAGCUGGUCGAUGAUAGUCGGAGGAUCCCAGGAAGCGGCACUCGCAGUCAACAAGUUCUGCGAACAGACAAAGAUGCCGAAGACUGAUCGUCCGUACAUUAGUGCGUUUGUACCAAGCGGCAUCACCGUUUCCGGACCACCGGCUUCGUUGGCAGAGCUCAAGGCUUCCGAAUACUUCAAGGGCCUCAAAUCUAGCAGUAUUCCAAUCUACGGUCCAUACCACUGCCCUCAUCUCUUCUCCGAAGAGGACGUUGAGGAGAUCGUCGCCGGAAUACCUCGCGAGGUCGCGGCGCAUCGCAACGAGACCCCAAUCCUCUCUAGCAUUGGUGGAAUCGUCCAAGCCGAGGAUUUCGAGGCGUCCAUUAAGGCUGCAGUUGGGCAGAUUCUUUUCGAGCCCAUCCGCUGGAGUCCAAUUCUCGAGGAAGUGCAGAGCUGGCUCGGCGGCCUCAAGGAUAACACGGCUGCAGUGUCGUUCAAGGUCGAACCAAUUGGCACCACUGCCGAUCGCGUCGUCUACAACGCACUAAAGCAGACUCCACUGGACUCAUUGGUUCCGUCGGCGCCAUCAUCCAGCAAGUCGGACGCAGCGAAGCCAGGACCGACGGAUUCCAACCCCAAGAAGCCAAAGCUAGCCAUCAUCGGUCUAUCGGGAAGGUAUCCCGGCGCUCAAGACAACGAAGCCUUCUGGAAUCUCCUUCACGAGGGCUUGGAUGUAGUCAAGGAAGUGCCAGCGCUUCACUGGGACGCGAAGACGCACGUGGAUCCAACUGGAAAGACCAAAAACACGAGCGCGUAAGUCAGAUCCAUGGCAAAGGGAGGAUAGAAACUUGUCCGCGCGAAGACAUGCUAACAUUCUGCCUCUCACUUCAGAACGCCGUGGGGUUGCUGGCUCGAUAGACCGCAAGACUUCGACGCCAGAUUCUUCAACAUCUCACCAAGAGAAGCGGCUCAGAUCGACCCUGCGCAGCGCAUCGCAUUGAUGACUGCGUACGAAGCGAUCGAGCAAGCGGGUAAGCCUUACCAUUAAUAUCCCUGUUUCAUUAUCAAUCUUCUUAUACUUACCACGCCUCCAGGUAUCGUUCCCGACGCUACUCCCUCCACUCGUCGUGACCGCGUCGGAGUAUUCUACGGCGUGACAAGCAACGACUGGAUGGAGACGAACUCAGCCCAGAACAUCGACACGUACUUCAUUCCCGGAGGCAACCGCGCCUUCAUCCCGGGGCGUAUUAACUACUGCUUCAAGUUCUCCGGACCUUCGUAUGCAGUCGACACGGCCUGCUCAUCCAGCUUAGCAGGCAUUCACAUCGCAUGCAAUGCACUGUGGCGUGGCGACAUUGAUACUGCAAUUGCCGGCGGCACCAACGUGCUUACAAACCCAGACUUCACGGCUGGGUUGGACCGUGGCCACUUCCUCUCCCGGACCGGUAACUGCAAGACCUUCGACGACGAGGCAGAUGGCUACUGCAGAGGCGAAGGUGUCGGCACCGUGAUCAUCAAACGGUAUGAAGAUGCGAUUGCUGAUAAGGAUCCAAUCCACGGCGUGAUCCUGGGAGCGUACACGAACCAUAGCGCCGAGAGCGAGUCCAUUACUCGCCCACACGUCGGUGCCCAGCGUGCCAUCUUCAAGAAGAUCCUCAACCAGGCAGCUGUGGAUCCGUACGAUGUCGGGUAUGUCGAGAUGCACGGAACGGGAACGCAAGCCGGAGACGCUGGCGAGAUGUCGUCGGUGCUCGAGACCUUCGCACCACCCCUUGACACGGUCAAGGAAGCCCGCAACCAGUCUCAAGCCCUCUUCCUAGGGUCGGCCAAAGCCAACAUCGGCCACGGCGAGGCUGUAUCCGGCGUCACAGCUCUGAUCAAGGCUCUUUUGAUGAUGAAGAAGAACACCAUCGUGCCCCACGCCGGAAUCAAGACCAAAAUCAACUCCCGCUUCCCCACCGAUCUUGACAAGCGAAAUGUCAACAUCGCCAGGAAGCCUACCUCUUGGGAGCGCGAGGGCGCCAAGCCUCGACGUGUAUUCGUGAACAACUUCUCGGCAGCAGGUGGUAACACUGCCCUGUUGAUCGAAGAUGCUCCGCUGGAGCAAGGACCUCCUGAGGAUGCGGUUGACCCACGCACUGUGCACGUGGUCGCGGUCUCGGCAAAGAAUGGCAACUCCCUCCAAGGCAAUCUGAAGACCAUCCGUGCCUUCUUGCAAGCGAACCCGGAGAUCGACCUCGGCCAGCUCUCUUACACAACCACAGCUCGCCGUCUGCACCACCAGCACCGUGUCCUGCUGACCGGAAGCAGUGUUCGUGACCUCUCCAAAGCUAUUGAGAAGGCGACCGAGGAGCAGAUCGGCAUGACUAGGCCGAAAUCCGCCCCGAGAGUCCUCUUCACUUUCACUGGCAAUGGCGCGCAAUACCCUGGCAUGGGUAAGCAGCUGUACGAGAACUUUGGUGUCUUCCGAAACGAGAUGCGUCGUCUCGACAAGAUCGGUCAGAGCCUUGGGUUCCCAUCGGUCUUGCCUUUGAUCCAGUCCACGGAGCAGGACAUUGGCGGCUUCGCACCAACCGUGGUUCAAGUCGCAACGACAAUCCUGCAGAUAUCCUUGGUCAGACUCUGGCGCGCCCUGGGCGUUAGCCCCGCGGCCGUGGUCGGUCACUCCCUUGGCGAAUAUGCUGCGCUCAACGUCGCUGGUGUGCUGACCGACGCCGAUACGAUCUACCUCGUCGGCGAGCGCGCUCGACUGCUCGAGGAGAAGUGCACCCGUAACACGCACUCCAUGUUGGUCGUUAAAGGCACUGUGAAGGCUAUCGCAGCCGCCUUGAAGGACAACAGCUACGAAGUCGCGUGUAUCAACUCUCCGGUCGAGACGGUUCUCGCAGGACCUAACGAGGACAUCAACAGCUUCCAACCUCUGCUCGAGGAAGCUGGCAUGAAGUCGACGCUCUUAAAGGUGCCCUACGCCUUCCACUCCUCUCAGGUCGACCCGGUGCUCGAGAGCUUCACCGAGAUUGCUCGUGGCGUCAAAUUCUCGAAGGCCCAGCUGCCUAUCCUCUGCCCUCUCGACGGCCACGUUAUCACGGACAAGGACGCUGGUUUCGUCCCUGAAUACUUCUCCCGCCAUUGCCGUGAGCCAGUCAACAUGAUCCUGGCUCUUAAGACGGCCCAUUGCGAUAAUGUCAUCACGGAUGCCAGCACGACGAUCGAAAUCGGUUCGCACCCUGCUUGCUCAGGAAUGGUCAAGGCGAACUUGCCAAAGAUUACCAAUCUGCCCUCGCUUCAGCGCGCCCGUAGCGCUGAGCAGACUAUCACUGCUGCUCUCAAGACCCUGUACCAAGGCGGUGCCGAUAUCAAGUGGGCUGAGUACCAUAGAGACGUCGCGGCAAGCCACAAGGUGCUACCUCUUCCCGCAUACUCUUGGGACCUCAAAGAGUUCUGGAUGCAAUACGUCAAUGACUGGUCUCUUCGCAAAGGUGAUCCGCCGCUCGUGAUCGAAUCCAAGAGGUCGAAACUCGAGAGCACCACCAUCCACAACAUUGUUGAGGAAAGUGGAGAUGACAAGAAAGCACAUAUCGUCGUCGAAGCCGAUAUCAACCGCAAAGACACGGCGCCACUAGUGCAAGGUCAUGAGGUCGAUGGCAUCCCCCUCUGCACGCCUUCGGUCUACUGUGAUAUUGCCCUGUCCGUGGGUACCUACAUGGUCGACAAGUAUCGGCCGAACCAGCCAAACAGACUCGUCGACGUCUCUGAGAUGACGAUUUCGAAGGCUCUCAUCCUGAACUCCAGAGGCGAGAAGCAGCUUCUUCAGGCGCACGUAGACAUCGACUGGACCAACAACAGCUCCCUUGUUCGCUUCAUGUCCUUCAACAGCAAGGGCAAGCUGCAGGAGCACUCUCGCUGCAAUGUUACCUGGGCAGACGGCAAGCUUCAGAAGGAGCUCCAGGGUAAGAAGUCCGAGAUCAAGAAGAAGAUGCAAGCUUUACGCGAGGGUAUCGCCAAAGAGACCGCCGCCCGCUUCAAUCGUCCCAUGGUCUACCGGGCAAUUCGUCCCCUUGCCCGCUUCCACGACGACUACCGAGCGAUUGACGAGGUUGUUCUCGACAGCAACACCCUUGAAGCCACUAGCAAGCUCAGUUUCGGUACUGUCAAGAAAGAUGGUGACUACCACACACAUCCUGCCAUCAUUGACGCCCUCACCCAGUCAUGUGGCUUCACCAUGAACUGCAAUGACUCCGUGGACCUUGAUGUCGAGGUGGCGAUGAAUCACGGGUAAAGUCUUCCCUUAACCAUUGAGACAGGUUUUGUAGCCGUACUGAUUGUGGUAUGAAACAUAGAUGGGGCGGGUUUCAGAUCUUCGAGCCGAUCGACUUCAACAAGAAGUAUACCACCUACACGCAGAUGCAUGAAGGCCAGGACAAGCUAUGGCAUGGUGACGUAGCCGUCUUUGAUGAGAACGACAAGAUCGUUGCCAGCUUCAAGGAGAUCGCGGUAAGCUCAAGUAUUGAUACGUGACUUGGACGAUUCUGACAGUGUCUUCAGAUUCAAAAAGUCCCACGCCGGGUCCUCAAGACCAUUCUGUCCAUCGAAGCCGGUCAAAAGAGUGGUCAGAAAGCUGCUCCAGUCGCCCAGAAGCCACAGCCUGCUCAGAAGGCUGCUCCAGCUGCUCACAAGGAGGAGUCUUCGUCCAAGAAGACGGCCGCUACUCCCGCCUCGGCUUUUGCUGGUAAAAUCGGUGGGGCGCUGACUAUCAUUGCAGAGGAAAGUGGAAUUGCAGAGGCAGAACUCACCGACAACACCGUCUUCUCGGACGUGGGUAUCGACUCGCUCAUGGCCCUCACCAUCUCGGCUCGCUUCAGGGAGGAGCUCGAUGUGGAUCUUGAUUUCAACUCCAUCUUCUUCGAAUACCCGGCGGUCAAGGACCUCAAGAAGAUGAUGGCAGGUGACUCUGGUGCUGAGCUAGAACAUCCAGCCACCCCAUCGAUUACUUCCGGCUCCGAGGCCGACAGCAUCGAAAGCAGCGCCGGUUCUCAAUCCGAACAUGACACCGGCAUCACUACGCCCAAUUCAGUAAACGGCGAGGGCUUCGACUUCAACAAAGCGCUCGAGAUAGUUGCCGAGGAGAGCGGUGUCGCAAUUGAAGAGCUCACUGAUGACACCAAUUUCGCGGAUAGCGGUGUUGACUCUCUUCUUUCUUUGGUCUUGGUCAGUCGCCUCCGCGAUGAGCUUGAAUUGGACAUCCAGCACGAGUCUCUCUUCAUGGAGUGCCCCACUGUCGGCGACCUGAGAAAGUUGCUCUGCGGCGAGCCCAAGGAGUCGAUAGUGGAGGCAGCUCCGGAGGAAGCUCCUGUGGAGGCUGCGCCAAUUAAGAAGGAUGAUGCCUCCAAGAAAUCCAAAGUGCAGACUGCCGCGCUCGCAGCUCGCAAGCAGGCUGUAGACGAGCUGGUUGCCAAGUAUACCCAAGGCUGGAAGGCGCCUACUCCGGAUCCGAACGGCACCAUACCAAAGGAGAACGAGAAGGUUGUCUUGGUCACCGGUGCAUCAGGCAGCUUGGGAGGUCAUCUCGCCUACCAUCUCGCGCAACUGGAAGACGUGAAGACCGUGGUGUGUCUGAACCGCGAGAACAGGACUGAACCAUACACCCGCCAGUACAAGCAGAUGAGGGAGAAGGGCAUCCGAUUCCCAGAAAAUCUCAAGCAUAAACUGCGAGUCUUCCAGACCGACACCGCCAAGCCACUGUUCGGUCUGGACCAGAGCACCUACGACAGUCUUGUCGGCUCGGUCACUCACUUGAUCCACAAUGCUUGGCCAAUGAGCGCUAAGCGUGCCCUACCCGGCUUCGAAUCCCAAUUCCAGGUCUUCCGCAACCUGAUUGAUUUCGCGGGAGACAUCAUCUCUAGCCGUCCAUCGAACUUCAAGUUCGGCUUCCAGAUGGUCUCUUCUAUUGGCGUCGUAGGCCACUACGAGCUCGGCAGCAGCAAGAAGAAGGUCAUCGUUCCGGAAGAGCCCAUGAGCAUCGAUACGGUCCUGCCAAAUGGCUACGGAGAGGUAAGAUAAAGAAUCUGAGUCACCACGUAUGGGAUCCGCUGACAAAGUCGCAGGCUAAAUGGGGCUGCGAACGCAUGCUCGACGAGACUCUUCACAAGCUUCCUGAGAAUUGCCGCACCAUGGCCGUCCGACUGGGUCAGAUUGCAGGCUCCAAGACCAGCGGCUACUGGAAUCCAAUGGAGCACUUCGGCUUUCUGGUCAAGUCUUCGCAAACCCUCAACGCUCUCCCAGACUUAGAUGGCGGACUGUACUGGACCCCGGUCAACGACAUCGCCGGCGCCUUGUCCGAUCUGGUCCUUGCGGAGAACAAGCCAUACCCAUUCUACCAUAUCGAAAACCCCGUGGGCCAGUCAUGGAAAGAGAUGAACGCCAUCAUCGCCGAUUGCCUACACAUUCCCUCGGAGAACAUCGUCUCGUUCGAGAAGUGGCUGGAGAUGGUACAGAACGCGCCUCAGAAGGACAACCCGGCAUCCACGCUGCUCGACUUCCUAGACGACAACUUCCUGCGCAUGUCCUGCGGUGGCCUCGUCCUGGACACGAAGCAGAGCGUGGAGCACUCGAAGAUCCUGGCAGGCGUGGGACCCGUCAGCGAGACGGUGAUGCGCAAGUACAUUCACAUCUGGCGUGAGAUUGGCUUCCUCAAGUCUUCCGCCGAGGACCGGGCGCGCUUUGAUGAGGAGAGAGCGCGAUUGUGGGGACAUUGA